AUGAGGAUAAACCCACGACUACUAAUGGCGACGAUUACAUCUGCCGGAAUGAAGAAAGGCUUCAGACCAGCUCCAAUGGCUCUUUUACCACCGAUACCGUUAUAUAGGAGACUGCUCCGAUCACACAGGAAGCAUCUACCACGAGAAAUGCGUUUGCUAGGAGACGAGUACAUAAAGAGUGAAUUUAGAGCCCAUCGAGACGUUGAAAAUCCCGUACAUAUCAUCGGAUUCUUGACCGAAUGGCAACUCUAUGCACAGAAACUGGAGGGUGAUUCGUGGAUUGGAGAGCGUAUGGAUGCUGGGAAGAUCGAGAAGAUGAGCGAUGAGCAGAUUGGGCAAUUCUACGAGCUCAUGCAGGCCGUCAAAAAGUCAUCAGGCGAGAAUGACACCGAGCAAUAA